AUGAACGAAUCUUUGGAGUCAAGAGUUCUUCCACUAGAUUGGAGAACUGCAACAGUUAAACCGAUUUAUAAAUCAGGCGACAAAUUUGAUCCGGCCAACUACCGCCCGAUUAGUUUAACAUCAUUGGUGGUGAAGAUAAUGGAAGCUAUAAUCUACGAGAAAACGCUAGACUUUUUGCAGAAACAUAAGAUAAUCCCUUCACAGCAGCAUGGGUUCGUACCAGGGAAGUCUGUUUCCUCCAACUUGUUGUGUUGUCUAUCGGAUUGGUCACUGGAGGUGAAUCGUGGCAACUCGGUAGAUGUUGCAUAUCUUGACUUCUCCAAAGCUUUUGACCGGGUACCCAAACGGCGGCUUUUAUUCAAGCUUCAACAUUACGGUAUUAGUGGUCUUCUUCACCGGUGGAUUGAAUCUUUCCUCACUGAUCAAUUCUACCACACGGCGCAUUUGCUUUUUAAGAUAACUGUCAGCAUUUACCAAGUACCCGUGAUAAUCUCAAUUUAUUGA